CAAGAUUCGAACGAUAUCUGGAGACAGCUGACACAAUCAAAGCUGUUGACUCGAACACGCCGUCAAUACGGAAAAGCCGGAAGAGGACCACCAGCCGCACCUGCUGGACAAUGCUGCAGUUGUCAGCAAGGUCCUCCUGGCCCACCUGGCCCAAGGGGUAAAGACCGACCGCCAGGGCGAAAUGGCUUGGUUGGAAUGAAUGGCCGCAAUGGUCGCGAUGGCCGUUAUGUAGCGGUUGAAGCGAAAAACGAACCACCGUGCCAGAAGUGCCCCAGCGCUCCACCAGGACCACCAGGUUACCCUGGCCGAAAGGGACCACGUGGACCUGCAGGGUACGCUACUGCUCUUAUCAUUACAAAAAAAUUAUGCAAAACGACAUUUCAGAGCAGCUGGUAA